AUGCUGUCUGCGGCAGUUCUGACGAUACUCCUAGUCGCCUUCGAGGGCUAUAGCGUCGCGGCGAGGUCUGAGCCACAGCCGGCGGUCAUCAUCGUCGGCGCCGGCAUGUCCGGUAUGCUGUCCGAAGACAUACCGGAGUAGCUAACAUCGCGUCAUGGAACUAACAUAUCGUCCGACUAUACGUCGCAGGCAUAUCGGCGGCGAAAACGCUUUCGGAGGCCGGGAUUAAGAACAUACUCAUACUCGAGGCCACAAACCGUAUCGGUGGCCGGAUUCGCAAGGCUAAGUUCGCCGGGCUCAACGUGGAGAUCGGUGCAAACUGGGUCGAAGGAGUCAACGGCCAGCAGAUGAACCCGAUAUGGACCUUGGCCAAUAAACUACGCCUUAGAUCUUUCCGCUCAGAGUUCGGUAAUAUCUCAUCUAAUGUCUACCAGUAAGCAUCAUCAGCUCCUCCUCUUCCUCCUUUUCCCGACUGUCUUCAUACUUGUAGUGUUGUGAAACAUCAUUCUAAGACUUGUUAACUACUCAGGACUGGGUUAUACGCGGCCUCUAAGGCUCAGACAGCCGUGGACAACGCCGAUAAAGUUGCGGAAGCCGCAUCAGAGUUCGCCAAGUCCUUGUCUCGGAGUGGACAGGAUGAUAUCUCUGUCUCAACUUUCCAACGUCUCUCCCAAAGGUGGCCACUCUAACGUUCUCUGAACAGUGGUUUUCGAUUUCGUAAAGCGGCGACUUUUCACUCUACUCCUAUUCCUUAUUCCUCGACAGCGUGCCCUCGACAGCGAUUGAUAUGGCGGUGGACUACUUUAAUCACGACUACGAGUUCGCCGAGCCGCCGCGUGUGACUAGCCUUCAGAACACGGAGCUGCUCCCGACAUUCGCCAACUACGGGGAAGAUGUGUACUUUGUGGCUGAUCAGCGGGGUUUUGAAAGCACGGUGUAUCACCUGGCCUACCAGUUCCUGGCUUCCGACGGCAAGGGCACCAUCAUUGACCCUCGCCUCAAGCUUAAUAAUGUGAGUUGCUCCAAACUUCGCUCUCCUCUCUCUCUCUCUCUCUGCCUCUCCCUUCGUACUUUUAGGGCGUCGACCACGUCAAGCAUACCCCCACCACGCGGGGAUGGUGGUGACAGGAGAGUUGCUUCGUGAAACCAUUUCGAAGUUACUUAUCUCACCAUAAAAAGGCUAAGUUCCGCAUGCAUUUAAAUAUAAAUAAGCCUUCUAUGGACGAGGGCUUCAAAACGAUCUCUCAUGGGUGGAAUUUCGCCUUGAUAGGGUCCAUUCAGGACAUUGGACCUUGAAACUGGACUUGUUACCCUAAAAUAUCUCAUUGCAGAUAAGAUUAAAUAAUUCUGAAGUUUGAAAUACUCUGAUUUUGUCAUUUUAUACUAUUAGUGAUAUCAUAUUCAAAAGGUAACUCGUUGUCAUCCGCCAUAGGUGGUGAACCGGAUAGAGCAUUCACAAAGUGGGGUCACUGUUAAGACAGAGGACGAUUCGACUUAUACCGCUGAUUAUGUGAUGGUUUCUGCCAGCGUCGGCGUCCUUCAGACUAAUCUCAUUAAGUUCCAACCAGAUUUACCUGUAAGUUUUCUUUUUCUACUUUCACACGCACACAAAUAUGGAGGGGAAGGGGAGGAGGAAGAGAGGGAGAGAGAGGGAGUGAGAGAGAGAGAGAGAAUUUGUUGCUAAAUGAAAGAACAACAGUUAUACCAAAUAGGAAUCGGAUUUGCGUUUAAUCUUUUCUGAGGGUUUAAUCUAUCAGUUCAACAGGGGAGGGAGAGAGAGACAGGGGAGAAGGAGAGAGAGAGAGGCAGGGGAGGGGGAGGGAGAGACAGGGGAGGGGGAGGGAGAGACAGGGGAGGGGGAGAGAGAGACAGGGGAGGGAGAGAGAGAGACAGGGGAGAAGGAGAGAGAGACAGGGGAGAAGGAGAGAGAGAGACAGGGGAGAGGGAGAGAGAGAGACAGGGGAGGGGGAGAGAGAGACAGGGGAGAGGGAGAGAGAGAUGGGGGGGGGGGAGAGGGAGGAAGGGAGAGGGUGGAUUUGUUGAUAAACGAAAGAGCUACACUUCUAUCCAAUAAGAAUCGAAUUUGCGCUUAAUCUUUUUGGCGGGUUUAUUUUUCAUAUGGCUGAAUAAUCUGUGGCUUCCAGACGUGGAAGAUCCUUGCCAUCUAUCAGUUCAACAUGGCAGUGUACACCAAGAUCUUCGUCAACUUCCCUUCCAAGUUCUGGCCCAGUGGUAAUGGAACAGAGUUCUUCCUCUAUGCAAGUGAGAGGAGGGGUUACUAUCCAGUCUGGCAGGUAUCGACCUGACCUUUCUCUCAGAUGAUAGGCAUCCAUAGAUGCAUACGUAUGUUUCAUGUAUGGUAGAAGCGAAAUGGAGCUAAUCUAUUGUUUCUGUGGCUGCAGCAAUUCGAAUCUCAGUACCCCGGAGCCAACGUCCUCCUCGUGACGGUCACCGAUGAGGAGUCGAGAAGGAUCGAGCAGCAGCCGGAUUCAGUGACGAAGGCUGAAAUCAUGGAGGUAUUGAGGAACAUGUUCGGAAAGAAUAUACCUGAGGCCACAGACAUACUCGUCCCGAGGUGGUGGUCUGACCGGUUCUACAAAGGAACAUUCUCAAAUUGGCCGAUUGGAGUCAGCAGAUACAAAUACGAUCAGAUCAGGGUAUCUUCUCAUUUUCUCCUAAGGAUAUAUUGAAUUGUAUGGUAAAAAAUUAUCCAAUUAUUUUUCGGAAGCAGCUGGGAUGAUUCAGCUCCUUCUUCUUGUCUUAUUUCAAUAAUGGGAAAAGGCUCCUGUGGGAAGGGUUUACUUCACCGGCGAGCACACAAGCCAGCAUUACAAUGGAUAUGUCCACGGCGCCUAUCUCUCAGGUUUCUAUAUAAUGAGUUAUUUCCAGAUUAUAUGCACACGUCUUCGUUACGGUUUAUUGUUUUGCCUUCUCGGUGAUGACUGGAACCCAUUUUCCUUAGGUGUGGAUUCUGCGUUGAUAUUGAUUGGCUGCACCAAGUAUGGAUCCUGCGACGUGGAAACGGAUACCAAGGCCUAG